GACAGUCAUGGAGUCCACUCAGAGUUUAAAGCUGCUGUUUGUUUCCCUGAUGAUGACGAUGAUGAAGAGCUGGACUGCAGCACAACAGAACUUCUGCUUCAACUCGACGGUGUUGAGGACUCGAACAGAGUGUCACUCCUGCAGAAUCAACAUUCCCUGUCCGUUAGGAUACACAAAGACCCCCGGAUCCAUGUCUAUGGACUGCAAGUUCUACAUGCUGAAUAGGCCCGUCAGUGGCUGCUCCUUCGAGUGCCACAAAGAGGUGCAGGUGAAGAGCUGCUGUCCAGGUUUCUGGGGUCCAGACUGUAUCGAGUGUCCUGAAAGCGCCGACAGACCCUGCAACAACAGAGGGGUCUGCUCUGAUGGACUGGGAGGGAACGGUACCUGCAGCUGCCAGGUGGGCUUUGCAGGAACUGCCUGUGAGGAUUGUGCAUCUGAUCGAUAUGGACCCACCUGUAGCUCAGUGUGUUCGUGUGUCCACGGUAUCUGUGGUUCUGGUCUCAAAGGUUCUGGUUCCUGUUUGUGUUUCUCUGGAUAUACAGGUCCAAACUGUGAUCAGGAGCUUCCUGAGUGUGUGGCUCUCAGCUGUCAGCAGAACUCUCGCUGUAUUGAAGAAGCUCUGACGGGAAAGUUUGUGUGUCAGUGUCUGCUGGGUUACCAGAGAUCGGGAGCUCAGUGUGUGUCCAUUAACCCUUGUCUCCAGCGGAUUUGUCACGCCCAGGCCUCCUGCGUCCACACUGGUCCGAACCAGCACCUCUGUGCCUGCAAUGAGGGCUACAGCGGGGACGGACGUGUCUGUAUGGCCGUCGAUCCGUGUCAGAACAAACGGGGAGGCUGCGCCGCCGAGUCCACACGCUGCGUCUAUGACGGACCUGGGAAGUCUCACUGUGAGUGUCUUCCUGGUUUUGACCUCCUGUCCAACGGCAGCUGCAGCCUGAUAGACUCCUGUAGACCUGAUUCCUGUCACAAGAACGCCAACUGCACCAUGUUGAGCCCAGGAAGAAUCAAGUGCACCUGUCUCCCGGGUUACAUUGGCAAUGGUGAAGUCUGUUACGGGAACAUCAUCCAGCGUCUGAAAGCUCUGAACACACAACCCGGAGGACAGUGGAGCGGUCAGCUGAGCAACGCCAUCACUCUGUUCAGUUCUCUUUCGUGGCCUCUGCAGAAUUUGGGUCCUUUCACUCUGUUCGUCCCGAUCAAUAAAGGCUUCAGGGGAGUUUCAAUACGGACUCUAACAGCCGACCUGCCCAAAGCUAAAUACCUGUGUCAGAUGCACCUGGUUGCCGGGGUGAUGCCCUUUGACACGCUAAAGAAGACGAACAUCUUUUACACCCUGACUGGCAAAGCAGCUGACAUCGACACGUCAGAGGGGGACUCUCAGACUAAAAUCCGAAUCCAUGGCAGCAGGAAGAAAGGCACGAUCAUUCAGUCAGACAUGGUGGCGUCCAACGGGAUGAUUCACAUCAUCAAUAAGCUGAUGGACAGUGUUUCUCCCACAGUGGAGAGUGACACACAGGAGAAUCUGAUGAAGAUUGUUGCUGACUACGGAAAGUUUGAAAAGUUCAAGUCUUUAUUGGAGAAAGCUGACCUGGCGUCAGUCCUGGACCUGCCUGGUCCAAUCACCGUCUUUGCUCCCAGCAGUUCAGCCUUUGAUUCGAUGACUGAAGGACACCUGCAGUAUCUCAGCAGUUCUAAAGGUCACAACAAACUGGUGGAGCUGCUCAGGAACCACAUCGUCCAGUCCACCGCGCUGGAGGUCUAUAAUGCCGUGUCCAGUCCCAGAAUCGUGUCGAUGGCCAAUCAGGUUCUGACAAUUAGUGUGUCAGAAAAUGGUCAAAUUUUGGUGAACGAAGCGGCGGUGUUGGAGGCCGCAGUGGAAGCUAAAAACGGACGUCUGUAUGUUCUGGAUGGAGUUUUGACUCCGCCCUCCAUCCAACCUGUGCUGCCCCACAGGUGUGACAUCAAUGAGACCAAAAUCUUCGAGGGUCAGUGUGAGAGCUGCUCAGUGGUCAAACGCUGCUCAACUGGAGAUUAUACCGGCUCCUUCACCAGGGGAUGUGUCUUCAAUAUGGACUUACUCGAUAUUAGCCUCCCGGUAAAAGGCUGCGCUCCUCUCUGCAGCACCAACGUCACGACUCCAACAUGUUGUAAAGGCUUCUACGGUCCGGACUGCAGUCCCUGUCCAGGAGGAUACCAGACUCCGUGCUCCGGACACGGUCAGUGUCUGGAGGGGAUUGGAGGAAAUGGAUCCUGUAUCUGUGAAUCGAAGUUCAGAGGCUCUCGCUGUCAGUACUGCUCCUCCUCCGACAGAUACGGACCCAACUGUGACAGAACCUGCCCCUGUAUCCACGGACAGUGUGACAACCGUCCGGACUCAGACGGUCGCUGUAAAGUGGGCUCCUGUCUGUCGGGUUUCACCGGGCCGUUCUGUGAGCGCCGGACGGCAGUCUGCGGCAUUCAGGUUCAGUUCUGUCACGCCCACGCAGACUGUGACUUUAGCAAGGGAACCACCAGGUGUGUCUGUAAACCUGGUUACCAAGGUGACGGUAUCACCUGCGUGGAGUCAGACCCCUGUGCUCUUCCUCAGCGCGGCGGCUGCAGCGUGAACGCCAAAUGCAUAAAGACAGGACCAGGUUCUCACUCCUGUCAGUGUCUGACUGGAUGGAGGGAGGACGGAGACGAGUGUCAGCCAAUCAACAACUGUGACGGUCCUGACAGAGGAGGCUGCCACCCCAACGGCACCUGUAUCUACAUCGGACCCGGACAGAGUGACUGUAUGUGUAAAUCCGGCUACAAAGGAAACGGGCAAGACUGUGAAGCUGUUAAUCAAUGUGUAACUGCAGCUGGAACCUGCCAUUACUUAGCCACCUGCCGCCUGCUGUCCUUUCAGUGGACGUGUGUGUGUAAUGAUGAAUACACUGGAAAUGGACACAUAUGUUACGGUACAGUCCAACAGGAGCUGAUGGUUCUGCCAGACGCCUCAGAGUUCCUCACAUGGACAACUGAGACCGGUUCGUCUUGGACUCUGGUGGAUCAGAACAUCACCCUCCUGGUUCCGUCUUCAGCUGCCAUUGCUAAAAUGUCUUCGGAGGACAUAAACUUCUGGACCACGAAGGGAAACCUGCCGAGUCUCGUCAGAAAUCACAUAAUCCCAGGUAAUUAUCCAAUAUCCAUCUUGAGCAACACUUCCUCUCUGACUUCCCUUCUGAAGACAUCACUUCCUGUUACAACAACCAAUGAGCUCACAGCUGUCGGAGGAGCAACCAUCACCACACCAAACCUAGCCGCUACCAACGGAUUGAUCCACAUCAUCGAUAAGGUUUUGGUUCCUGAGAGGAAGCUGAGUGAAGGUCUGCUGGCGACUCUCGCUCUGACCCCCGACUUCUCUCUCUUCAGAUCGUAUCUCAUCGAUUACAACCUGAUGGACGAGAUCGAACAGAUGGAAGAGUUCACAGUCUUUGCUCCAACAAAUGCUGCCAUUGCUGAUUACCUCAGGACAAUAGCUGCAACUGCACUGGAUGUGAAUACGACUCGUUACCACGUGGUUGCGUCGGAGCGUCUGCUGGAGACCGACCUUCAGUCUGGAGGAUACAAAAAGACGCUGCUCGGGUUCUCCUUCCAGCUCGGCAUCUAUCCACGAGAUGGAAAGCUGUUUGUGAACGAUGCUCAGAUAAACUCUUCCAACAUCCUGAGCAUUAACGGAGUCAUUCACAGUCUGUCGGCGGUUCUACGCAUCAACAGGAACCGCUGUGAUGAGGCCAAACAGCAGAAAAUCAUGGGGACCUGUGUGGACUGUUUGUUCCCACAAAGCAAACCCUGCCCGAAUGACACGAUACCGGACAAAUUAGUGAAGAGGAGGAAAUGUAUGCUGAGUCGGAUGUUUGAAGAAGAGCGCCUGCUGUCGAUCGGCUGCAGAGCGACCUGCCUGCGGACCCACAUGGUCCUGCGGUGUUGUGGAGGGUUUUUCGGGGAGCACUGUGAGCUGUGUCCCGGCCCAAAGGAUCAGCCCUGCUUCAAUAACGGAGUCUGUUCGGAUGGGACCAACGGGACUGGAGUCUGUCAGUGUAACCAAGGGUUCAGCGGGACCGCCUGCGAAACCUGCGAGAGCAACAAAUAUGGAGUCCACUGCGAUCAGGAGUGUGGCUGUAAAAAUGGCCGCUGUAACGACGGGCUGGCCGGCAAUGGGGCGUGCGAGUGUGACGUUGGUUGGAGAGGAGUCCUCUGUGACGAAAAGAUUGAGUCUGCAGAUGAUGAGCUGUGCGGCUCGAUGAAAUGUCACACCAGCGCAAACUGUGUGAUCGCACCACCCCUCUCUCGGUGUAUCUGUGCUUUUGGAUUUGAAGGAAACGGAUCUUUUUGUCGAGUUAAAGACCCCUGUCUGGAGCUUAAUGGCGGCUGCAAUCCGAACGCGGUCUGUAAGAGGACUCGACCCGGCAGAAGGGAAUGCGUCUGUGACCGUGGUUACUCCGGUGACGGAAUUGUGUGCGUGGAAAUCAAUCCAUGUCGGGAAAGAAACGGCGGCUGCCAUGUCAACGCGGACUGCAUUCACGUCGGCCCAAACAAAAGUUCCUGCGCCUGCAAAUUUGGUUACUUAGGCAAUGGACAGAACUGCGAGAUGAUCGACUACUGCCAAAAGAAUAAUGGUGGCUGUCCCGUUAAGUCUCGGUGUAACAUGACGAGCCCAGGUUUUCGUAAAUGUUGGUGUCCCAAAGACCAUGUGGGAGAUGGUUUCACCUGCAGAGGCAACAUGGCGCAGGAGCUCCUGAAGAAAAGGCGAGACUUUUACCUCGGGCUGAUGAUUUUGGACAUUCCUCUGACAGGUCGCGGCCCAUUCACCGUCUUUGCUCCGCCUGCCAACGCCUUCAGCGCCCUCAGAAAGAUAAGUUCUUCAACGUGGAACACCAAAGAACAACUUGGCACCAUCCUGCGCAGCCACAUCGUCAUGUGUCACACUCUAGGGUUCAGUUUCCUGAGGAAGCCCCGAAACCUGACGUCUCUAUCCGGACACAUCCUGACCACGAAGUCCACCGAGUAUGAACUUGAGUCCAGAUUCAUCAUCAAUGGUGCUAUCGUGGAUACCUUCAACGGCGAUGGCACUAACGGGAUUCUCUAUGAGGUCAGCAAGGCUCUGAUUCCUCUCGACAUUGACGGAAUAAAAGAGCCAGUCGGUCCUCUGAACCUGACAGAUGUGGCUGAACGUCACGGUUAUAAAACCUUCUACAAACUGCUGGAGGACACAGGUGUGAUGGACCUGGUGAAUGAUGCAAUCAACGAGCCGGUGACAAUUUUCAUGCCCUCAGACGCCGCCAUGGCGUCUCUGCCGCAGGAGCAGAAAGACUUCCUGUUCCACCGAGACAACCGACCACAGCUGGAGGAGUACCUGAAGUACCACAUCCUGCAGGCCCAGAAGAUUUACGCCGAAGGUUUGAUCCAUCUGGACUCGGUUCGGACUCUGCAGGGUUCCCCGCUCUCGUUCACCUGUGGCGGGUUGGAUGACAUCGGAGAAAUCUUUGUUAAUGACGGAAAGUGUCGGAUCGUUCAGAGACACCUCAUCUUUAAUGGUGGAAUCGCCUACGGGAUCAACUGCCUGCUGACUCCGCCCAGCCUCGGAGGACGCUGCGAUGAACAGACCACCUUUGAGCUUCAGAGUAAAUGUGGACUGUGCUCGUCCUCAGCUACUCGCUGUCCCGGAGAAUCCAAACUGAAGGAGGUGCAGAAGUGCGAUCUUCCCACUGUGUUCAUCUCUAAAAACUCUGGCUGUAUAAGCGUCUGCAUCGUCAAGUUCUGGCGGUCAAAGUGUUGUCAUGGUUACUAUGGACGAGACUGUCUGGUCUGUCCCGGCGGAGUCAGCUCUCCCUGCAGUAACCGCGGUAAAUGUGACGAUGGUCAACUUGGUAACGGUACCUGUACCUGUGAUGUUGGUUUUGGGGGCGUGGCCUGUGAGCUGUGCAGUGAUGGAUUCUACGGACCCACCUGUAAAGCCUGUAACUGUUCAGAACACGGGUCCUGUGACGCUGGACGGAGAGGUACAGGUUCAUGUUUCUGUGAGGAUGGCUGGACCGGAGAACGCUGUGAGACCCCACAAGCUGAAAUCUUUCAGUGUUCUCCGCCCUGUUCUCCAAAAGCCGUCUGUCGGGAAAACAGCACCUGUAUGUGUCGGCCAUUUUAUGAAGGAGACGGCUUCACCUGUACAGUGAUGGACAUGUGUCAGAUCUGGAACGGCGGUUGUGCUAAAGGAGCCAAGUGUUCUCAGACAGGAGAGAAAGUGAGCUGCACCUGUCCUAAAGGUCACACUGGAGACGGGUUCAACUGCCAGCCCAUUGACCGCUGUUCCUUCGCAGACAACGGCGGCUGCCACGAGCACGCCACCUGCACCCCGACGGCACCGGGGAAGUCGAGGUGCACCUGUAAGGACAACUACAUCGGAGACGGAGUCACGUGUGAGGUCAAACAGCUGCCAAUCAGCCGCUGUCUCCAAGACAACGGACAAUGUCAUCAAGACGCCAAAUGCACCGACCUUCACUUUGAAGAUACAACGUUUGGUGUGUUUCACUUCCGUUCAUACAAAGGUCAGUACAAACUGAACUACACUGAAGCCCAAAAGGCCUGCUCUGCACUGGGAGCUACCCUGGCUACAUACAAUCAGCUGUCCUACGCUCAGCAGGGUGGGUUGAACUUGUGUGCUGCUGGCUGGUUGGACAAGGCCCGCGUGGCGUACCCCACCACCUAUUCCAAUCCCAACUGUGGUUUUGGACACGUGGGCAUCGUGGACUAUGGCACCCGCAAAGACCUGGGGGAGACCUGGGACACCUUCUGCUACCGGAUGAAGGAGGUGAAGUGUGAGUGUAAGCCCGGUUACGUUGGAGAUGGUUUUAGCUGUACAGGAAACCUCCUGCAGGUCCUCGAGUCCACACCGAACUUCUCCAACUUCCUCACGCAAAUCCUCAACUCGUCUCAGGUGUCUGAGUCUGGGAGGAACCUGCUGAAACGUCUCAGCAACCUGACGGUGCAGUCCACACUGUUUGUACCCGACAACAACGGCCUACCCAACAACCAGACUCUGUCCCAGCAGGACAUUGAGUUUCACCUGUCGGAGGGUCAGGCUCUUCCUGUCGGACAGCUGAAGAACGGCAGCAGGAUCAGAACUCGUGUCGGCAGUCUGACCGUCCUCGGAGUCGCUGACCUGCUCAACCCCUCAGCUCUGUCGUCUCGUUACAUCAACAACCGCUUCAUCACUGAGUCGGACAUCCUGGCUUCGAACGGGAUCAUACAUGUUCUCCAGGGACCACUGAAAGCCCAGCCUCCUCGCCACGAGAUGCACGUGGCUCAUAAGGCGGGGAUGGGAGUUGGAGUGGUGCUGCUGAUCGUUCUGGUGGCAGGAGUCAUCUUUGUCGGAUACCACUUCUACACCCACAACACCAAACCGUUCCAGUUCCACUACUUCAAGGAGGACGAAGGGGAGGACGAAGGAGAGGAAGAAGAAGCUCCACCUGCAGACUGCAGUCGCAGCAUCUCCAACCCUGUUUAUGAAGCAGCUUCAGAAUCAGCCGAGGCCAAAACAUCUAAUGUCACAGCGGAGGACAAACAUGAGGUGGUGAAUGGAGGAUCAUACAACCUGCUGCAGGACAGCUGAGAGGGAAAGUGCUGCUGCUCACUGCUGGACUGGAACAAUCAGAACUGAUUUUAUACCACUGUGGUUUGAAAGUCCUCCAGCCAGCCCCAGAAAGUGUGUUAUCACGGCUUACGCACUGAUAAAUGACAGACAGCUGUGUUGUGUCUGUCUCUGGUUUGUCUUUCUGAGAACUGAACUGCCUCCUAAACCAGCGCAGAGCCGCCUGUUCCCACAAGAAAACCAACACUAAUGAUGUGUAAAGGUGCGCUGAGUUAACUUAAAGUCUGACAUCUCCAGAUUUUUCCAAACUGUGACAUGAAUGGACAGAUUAAAGAGACACUUCACUGCCACUGAUAAAGAUUCAAUUUGAUGUUUGAAAGAAAAAAAAAAAAAAUUAAAACUGGAUUUCUAGUUUUAGAAAAUGUAAACUAUCUGCAGACAUAAAAAGUUAAGAAUUGUGUAUAACCCAUUUAAAAUGUUGAUUUAAAACAGUAUGUAUGUGUGAGGAAAGGAUUAGCCUCUUAAAUGUUUACAUUAUUUUUCCUUACAGUUUCCCGAUACUACUUCAUGUACAUUUUGAGUUAUAACCUUUGAAUAUCAACUUUAAACUAAACUAAACGGAUGAGUAGGUGUUUCAUUGAAUAUGACUAAUUUUAGUAUGUCAUGUUUAGAAUAGAGUUUUUGGUAAUUGGUAAACACAUUAAUUUCAGUUAUGCUGUUGAACUGUGGAUUUUACCUGCUUGUGACACUUGAGUAAUAAAGCAGUUUGUGUUUUUCCAAUUUACAA